GAAGAAGCAACGUCGAUGAGAUUUUCAAAAGUCAUUUACACCGAUGUGUCCAAGCUCCAUGCUAGAGCUCCCAACAAGAGCAAGCCUUCUUUGUUAAAGCCCACUUUCCUCCAAGGCCACUCUUCGAAGCUAUUCAAAACCAUCAUAGACAGUGACAAUAUCGAAAUGAAAACUGUACAGAGUAUAUUGAGCCAGAAAAGGGUGAUCACCGACUCUCCUGGUCUUGCUGAUUUCGAACUACCACUGCAAUUUUCUGAAAACUAUAAGUCAAAUGUGUUGGCAUUCAAAUCUGACAAUCCUUUGUUACAUAUUUCAGAUUUCCAGAAUCUAUUUCUCUCUUCCCAUAUUGAUCGAGGAUUAAUGCAAAAUAGUACUCCUAAACUAAGUAUAUUCAAAGGAAGAAACAAAUUCAACUACUCAUUCAACAAUUUUUAUUUUUUGAUAUUCCUAUCUCACAAAGAGGCUGGUGUCUUUGUUCUUGAAACUCUUGACAGAAUGCUAAAUGGCAGAAACUUUUCAGAAAAUGUGUCUUUUUAUAACGUCAAAUAUGAAUUAAAAAAUAUCAUAUUUCCAAUAUUUUCGGAUUCUGAGCAGGAGUAUAAAUCUCUAAUAAAUGAAUAUGCUAAUGAUCCUAAAGUUCUGGCUUUUGAUCUCACAGAUAAAAGAUUAACAGAUAAUUUAAAUAAACGACAAAGAUCUCUUUUGAUUACUGGUUUCCCAUAUUAUAUGGAUAAAGAGUUUCUUUUGGAAAAUAAUUUAUGGGAAUAUGAUGUUUCUCCAAAUUUUAAUAAAUCUGUUAAAAAAUUAUCAAAUGGAAACUGGGUUGUCACUUUUACAAACACUGAAGAUCCCAUAAGAUUUAUAAGGAAAUAUAAUGGUUUCUAUUAUGAAAAUGAUCCGACCUUUAAAAGAGUAUUUGCUGAAGUCUUGGAUUAAAAUAUCUUUUUAAAAAAAUAAAAGAAAUUUGAAAAAUUAACUAAAUUUUAGAACAUAAUCUCAUCCAUUCUAUUGUAAUGUACAUAAAUAAAUAAAUACAUAAAUACAUCAAUACAGAAGUAAAUGAACAAAACAUUCAGGCAUAUGAUAUCAAACUUUUAAACCAAUCCUUAAGUGUUUUUGUAUAUUCAGUAUUCUCAUCCCAAACAAUCCUAUCAAUUUCUUUUCUCCCAGUAUCAAAAUCAAUUUGAUCCAAUUUUUUUAUUCUAGUUUUAAAUAAUUUUUUAUACCCAAAAUACAUUAAAAAAAAAAGUAUUAUAGCCCCAUAUGAUGAAAU